AUGUCUGCUUUGCUGGAGCAGCUGAAUGAUGCUGCAUCUGGUGGGGGCCCCUUACAUAAUUAUGAUAUAGGGGGCCCCCUAGGUGGCUCCCCUGGUACCCAUAUAUUGGGGGCCCCCACUAAGGGGGCCCUUUUAAUGGGGGAGCCCCAUGAGGGGACCCUCUUUGGGGGCCUCCCCCUUGAAGGGGCCCCCCAUGAGGGGGCCCUCUUUGGGGGGCCCCUACUUGAAGGGGCCCCCCCCAAUGAGGGGGCCUUCUUUGGGGGGGCCCCCCAGGGGGUUCUCUUUGGGGGGGGCCCCCAGGGGGCCAUCGUUGGGGGGUCCCCCCAGGGGGCCCCUGUACGUCGUUUGCAGAACGUAGUGAGCAUUGGGCCCCCCGAUGGGUUGUUUCUGUAG